AUGACCGACCCGGAGCGCUCGGCGCUUGACGAGGCGUCCUCUGACCACGGGGAAGACGUCGUGGAGUUCGACCAGCACGGCAUUCCGGUCACUGUUGGUCAUACGGUGAGCGGGGUUGUGCCAGUGUGGACCUACAUCCACAAGCUCGAUAACAACCAAGCGUACAGGAACAAGACGUUCACGCAUGUGUGUACCGUGUGCACGCGGGACGUUGCAACGCGCAAGGGACCAGUCGACGCCUGGAAGACAGGCCUUGUUACCACGGUCAAUACGAGCAAUGCCCACAAGCACAUGACAAAUGCGCACAAGACGCACCCGUUCUCUGUCGACUACAUGAAGGCCAAACUCGAGAAGGCGGUCAAGCGAGUUGCCGACUUUGACGCUGGUCAAGACGCGGCUCCGCCCAAGAAGCGUAUGACGCAGCCGACAUUGCAGACAACAAUAGCCAAGGCAGCCCGGGACGACGGCACCAUCCUCGCAUCACGAUGGCUCAUCGCUAACGGUCUCGCGUUUAACAUUAUCGACAACGACCAGUUCCGUACUUUUGUCGCUUCGCUCGGCGGCAAGGCGCCAACUCGGGCAUCGUACAACGAAAUCACUGACGCCGACAGCGACGACGACGACGACAUCGACGAUGCCUCCCUCAACAUGCGUGCCGUCAGUGUAGACGCCGGCGCAGGCGACCGAGCCGAAGACAUGCUGGCAACAGAGGCCACGAAGGUGCUCGAUGCGUGGAUUGCUCUGUCCAUCGACUGGACUACGCACACGAAGGCCAAUGUCAUGGACGCCAAGGGCGUAGCCUACGACAUGUGGAAGUUGUACAAGGAAGUCGAUGUUCUCAAGUGGUUCAAGGACGUCGGCCAGGUGCAUUUUCCAAGCAUCGCUAUCUCAGCCCGCGUGUAUCUCGCAAAACUGAUGUCGAACGCGUUUCAAGAGCGCGUUUUUUCGACUGUCAGCAACAUUGUGACGGCAAAGCGCAACGCCGGUGACCCCGCUCGCGUGGGGAAGCUCAUUGUGCUCAAGCAAAAGUGGACUGGCGACCGCCCUGACACGGAUGCUAAGUAG